AUGUCUAACGACGAAAUUGAAUUCGAAACUCCUUCGAGGAAAAGAAGGAACCAAGGUCGCAUUGAAUCGAAUCAGUUGACUGAUAGCAAAAAUGCUAGAUUAAGGCGGAAAGGUAUAAUGGUUCAAAAGAAAACUUCUGAGACAUGUGUAACAUCACAAGAUAUACCACGUAUGCUUCACUUAACAGAAAAUCUUUCUCCGUUAUCUAGCGUCCACCAUUGGCAGAUCACAAGUGAACGGAAUGAGUUUACAUGCAGCAGACAACAUCUUCAUGAUAUAACUAAUGAAAAUCUAACUUCGUUGACUCCGUCAUUCGUUGGCAGUGCAUACGAAAAUAAUAAGCAUACUCUGUCGAGUGUUAGAUCAACCAUUGCUAAAGAUGAUAUUCAUUCUCCUCCCACGGAAGAAAAUCUUUCUCCGUUAUCUGCGUCCACCAUUGGCAGCCUUACUCAUAUCACCAGUGAACGAAAUGAGUUUACAUGCAGCAGACAACAUCUUCGUGAUAUAACUAAUGAAAAUCUAACUCCGUUGACUCCGUCAACCGUUGGCAGUGCAUACGGAAACAAUAAGCAUACUCUGUCGAAUGUUAGAUCAACCAUUGCUAAGGAUUAUAUUCAUUCUCUUCCCAUGGAAGUUGGCCAAAAUGCUACAAUUAGGCGGAAAGGAUUAAUGUUUCAAAAGAAAGCUUCUAAGCAAUGUGUAGCGAUAAACGAUAUACUGAAGAUGCUUGACUUAACAGAUUCUGAAAUCAAUGACAGAAAUAUGCCAGACAUUACCUCUACCAGUGAAGAUAUAGAAAUCAAUAAUUCCAAUGUGCCUAGCACGACUUCUAACAAUGAAGAAUAUUGGGACGCUGGGGAUCCUACUUUUGUCUGUGACCAUUGUGGAGCAAACAUGUGUUCCACAAGUACUGAAGAUAAGCUCGAUCCCGAAAUUAUCCUAUCGUUGAAGCAGAUGUUGGAUAAGCACAAUAGUAUAGCUCAGUCUUUCCGGUGCGCUAGAGACCGUUAUAAAGAAUAUGACUUUAAUGGUGUGAAGUUGAGGCUUAUUCGAAAGCGUGGUAGUGAUGGAAGAGUUUAUAAUCUUUCGACAGCAUCCGAAGUGGCUGCUUUGAUUGUUGGAGAUAUAGACAGUGCUAUAUGUGAUAGGGAUAUCAUUAUUGAGACCCAAGAUAGAGUACUGCAGCGCAUCGAUGUGAAGCAUCCAUUAUAUCUUGGCUUGCAGUAUCCAUUGUUAUUUCCUUACGGUGAAGAUGGUUAUCACGAUGAUGUCCAGCGUACUGUCAUGUCCAGUGGUAGGACUAAUGCAAGAGCUGUUAUUAGCAUGAAGGAAUUCUUUUCUUUUCGACUUACAGAUGCGAUCAGGAGAAGUCAUCUUAGAGCUGAGUUGUACAAAAAUAUAAAACAUUCAUUCGACAGAGGUGAAGAUGUAGCCGUAAAUACUGGAAAGCGUAUCAUUAUACCUACUUCAUUCACAGGCAGACCUAGAUAUAUGGUGGAAAAUUGUAAAGAUGCUUUUGCAAUUUGCCGUUGGGCUGGGUAUCCUCAUCUUUUUAUAACAAUUACCUGCAAUCCUAAGUGGCCAGAAAUCACACGAGUUGUAAGGGCUAGACAGCUUAGCCCUGAAGAUAGGCCUGAUAUUCUAUGCAGAGUAUUCAAGUUCAAAUUAGACGAAUUGUUACAUGAUUUGAGGAAACAAAAUGUUCUUGGCAAAGUUAUUGCAUAUGUUUGUACAAUCGAAUUCCAAAAGCGCGGACUACCUCAUGCUGAUAUUCUGCUAUUCUUCCACCCUUCAAACAAGCCUAAAAGUGCUCUUGAUAUUGAUAAACUGAUUUCAGCGAAAAUUCCUGAUAAGGAUUCCAAUCCUUUGCUGUUUCAAGCUGUCACAAAUUACAUGAUACAUGGUCCAUGUGGUCCUGAAAAUUACAAAUCUCCUUGCAUGAAGGACGGACAGUGUUCAAAAAUUUUUCCCAAAAACUUAUGUUCUCGUUCUUCUAUUGAUGACGAUGGAUUCCCUCAUUAUAAGAGAAGAAAUGAUGCGAGAGUUGUGAACAAAAAUGGUGUUGAACUUGAUAAUCGGAAUGAUAGAGUGACAGCUGCCGUACAUCAUGCAGAAGAUGAAAUCAAAAUGUUUUAUAACUGCAGGUAUGUCUCCGCAUGUGAAGCUGCUUGGAGAAUUUUUGGAUUUGACAUUCAUUCCAGUGAUAAUGCUUUAAUUUCUGAUGUCAAGACAAGGGCGGAGUCUAGACUAUCAAUCUUUGAGUCUUGGAUGGAUGCAAAUAAAAAAUAUCUAGAAGGUAGGCAUCUAACUUAUGCAAAGUACCCGACUGAAUUUGUUUACAAAGACCAAACUCAUGAAUGGAAUCCUAGAAAAAUGGGAUUUUCAAUUGGGAGAAUAAAUCGUUUUUCUGCCAAUAAUGGAGAAGAUUCUUAUCUUUGCACGUUGCUUACUUUUCAAAGGGGGUGUACCAGUUAUGAAGAUCUUAGAACAAUCAAUGGCGUGCUUUUUCCUACAUUUAAGGAUGUCUGCUAUUCUUUAGGACUUCUAGAUGAUGACAAUGAGUAUAUUGAUGCAAUUAAAGAGGCAAGUUCAUGGGGUUCUGCUGCUUAUCUUAGAUCUCUGUUUGCUGUAUUGUUAUUUUCCAACUCAAUGAACAGGCCUGAAAAAGUUUGGGAAGAGUGUUGGAAAUUUUUAUCCAACGACGUUCUUUAUCGGCAUAGGAAAAGAAUAGGGCGUCAAGAUGCGCUUCUUACAGAAGAAAGAAUAAAAAACAUAACACUUGCUGAAAUUGAUAAGGUGCUGCAGAGCAAUGGUAAAUGCCUCUCUGAUUACCCGUCAAUGCCUCGCAUCACCAGGGAAUCGUUGCUUGAUAUGCAGAAUCGAUUAGUGGUUGAUGAAUUAAUGUAUGACACAUUUUCAUUGGGAGAAGAGCAUGAAAGACUAUUGAAUUCCCUCACUGAUGAGCAUAGAGUUGUUUAUGACAAAAUCAUUUUGGCAGUUACAGCAGGUAAAGUAGGGUUAUUCUUUCUAUAUGGAUUUGGUGGUACUGGAAAAAAAUUUAUUUGGAAUACUCUUUCAGCAUCUGUUAGAUCAAAAGCUGAAAUAGUACUUAAUGUUGCUUCUAGCGGAAUUGCUUCCCUUCUGCUUUCUGGAGGACGAACAUCACAUUCUAGAUUUCGUAUUCCUAUUCAUAUCAAUGAAGAUUCAACGUGUAAUAUAAAGCCAAAUUCUACUAUAGCAGAGUUGCUGUCAAAAACGAAGUUAAUCAUUUGGGAUGAAGCACCAAUGGUGCAUAGAUUUUGUUUUGAGGCUUUGGAUAAAACACUUAGAGAUGUUCUUAGAUUUUCUGACACGAGCUACGUUGAUAUUCCAUUUGGUGGAAAAAUUGUCGUUCUAGGAGGUGACUUUCGGCAAAUAUUACCUAGUCAUUCCUCAUGGCAGCAGACAGGAGAUAGUAAAUAUCCAACGUUUUUCAAAGAACGUGCUAUCUUAACUCCUAAAUUGUCCGAUGUUGCUAUGCUGAACGAGCACCUGAUGUCAAUGAUUCCUGGUGAAGAAAGGAUAUUUUUGAGUUCUGAUAAAAUUAUGAAGCAAGAUGUGGCUUCCUCCGUUGAAGAUGAUGAAUUCACACCUGAGAUCUUAAAUACAUUAUUGUGUUCGGGGAUUCCUGAUCAUAAAUUAACCUUGAAGGUUAAAGUUCCAGUAAUGCUAUUGAGAAAUAUUGAUCAGUUCAGAGUCAUUCAUUCCUCAGAGGAUGAAGGAUAA